ACAGAGACAUGAGGAAGGAAAGAAAAGCAGAAAGGAAAUGAGAAGUCUGGAGUGCGUGAAUCAAGAUCCAAGAUGUUUAUUUCAAAACUUGGCCAUCUGCAGUAUAUUUUAUUGUUUCUGUAGUGAUCAUAAUUUGGAUGAUGAGCUAAGCAGUCGCAUGCUGAAGUAUAUAAAAGGCAGUAUGAGAAACUGGAAAGUGCAAGAUGACAGACAGCAGCUGUUGAAAAUUCUGAGACACGUGUUUCAGUGCACAAAGUGCUGGGAUUGUCACAGCACAGAUUUGGGGAAGAUAUUAGACUGUACUGUCAAGAAUUACAAGACAGCUUAUGAGCAUGGCCUGUUUGAACUCUUGAGUGAUCUUGCUGUAACUCCAAACCAAACACAUCUGUACAGGUGUGCAGGCUUUCAGGAAUGGGUGGAAUCUCUACCAGAACUGCUGUGUGCUCCUACGAUCCCUGCCACAGCUGUUGGGGUAUUGGCAAAAUUUGCUUGCCAAAACAAUCCGCUCUUCUACAAAAGCUUGUGUCAAAAACUGCCUGACAUUCUUAAUAAUUUGUGCAGCGUGAUAGUGACUGGAGCAGGUAAUGAAUGUGAAGGCAGAAAAAACAUCAGUAACAUCCUGUACUGGGUGAAGGACUGGUCACGAGAUGCAGUGACAUCAUUAUCAAAUCUCCUACGGAGUGAAAAUUGCGAUAACAAAUUAGCUUCACACAUCACUGAUUUGUUGGCAUCACGGUAUGUUGAUUUGUAACAAUAAAACCAUGUUUUAUUUUGUAAUUGUGUAAAAGUAAACCCCCCUGAUACUGAAAUGAGAGAUAAAAUUUUAGACAUUCCUUGUCAAAAAUACACAUUUAGGAGUGUUCAGCUGUUAUUACAUUCAAAUGACAUAGGUAAAGUUGUCCCUGGUUCUUAACUAUUUUAUGACAACACAGCGCAGACAGGGACAUAGACCCCACAAAUGCAAUAAUGUCCUGCUUACCAUUUGCUGCAUGCCACUCGUUUGCUGAAGUACAUAUGUAAGUUAAGUUAUAGACUGGUUCUGAACAUGGAAUAACUGGACUUACAUGAUACAGAACAGCUGAUUGUAUUCAUCAUUGUUCCUCAGAACAAUACAUAGUGCCUUCUUGUUUUGAUUUGACACACUGUUACAUCAAGCUUCAAAUUCAGAUCUAAACACUUUAGCUUCAUUGCCAUAAUUAGGACUGAAAAUGUUUAACUUAGGCAACAUAUUAUGCAAUGAAACAAUCAAAUGUUUCCAAACAUUGCAUUACAAAUACAGUUACUUCAGGUUCAGCCACUGGCCUGAGCAGAUUGCUUACACAUGUACAUUAUUGUGAUAUAGAUUAGAAAUAUUACUCCUCUUACACCAAAGAAUGGUAUGACCAACUGGCAAUGUGAAAUUUUCUCAGAGAAAAUGAGAAUUGGUUCCAUGUCAUAAGACUUUCCUCAUUGGCUAAAACUUGGAGGGAGCAAGAUACAGUUACUGUCUGCGUAAGUUUUCUCGGCAACUGAACUGCUUCGCAGUAAUUUGGGCUCUGAUCUUUAUAGUUUAUAAAACAGAGUGGCAAGGCAGAUAUUCACAGACCAGAAGUGUGUAGUGGAAUUUACUCCUUAGCAACAAGUGCAAACUGCUUAUACUGUGCAUACGAUAGAAAAGUUUAUUUUGGAUGGUAUAACUGAAAAGAUCAUGUCAGCUAACAUCCCACCAUUCUGGUUACCCCUUCUUCGAAAGAAGAUAAAUGGCACAAUAGUACAUUCUGCAAUGCAGACAUUUUUCAUCUAGACUAGAGAGGCAUAGAAGGAUAGGCUAAGGGUACUUUUACUGACCAUCACGUAUAAACGGCAUCAGCAGUAAAACUGCAAAUACAAAUCAUCCAAAAAAAGUCCCAACAAAAGUGGUGACUAGAUGAGAAUCUUUUUAUGAUGUAGGUGCUGGAGAAGAGCUCUUUUUGUAUGACGUAUUCACAUAUGUUAAGAAGUUAAUGUAGCCAACUGUAGUUUACUAUAACGUUCUCAUUAUAGGCCAUACUUAGUUCUGAUACGGUUACAAUGUAAUUAUGUACGUCUUUAUUCUUAUGUUACUGCACAUUCUAACCAAGAAAUCUUGCAACAGCGAUUGAGAUUUGGAUGUCAGUCAUAUAUAUUCUAUAACUCAUCUGCAGCAUUAAUUAAAAUCUUGGCAAUUUAAUAUUAAUCCAAAUAUACAACACAAUAUAAAUCCAGGAUAUCUGUUUACCAUAAUAUAAUACCCAGUGUGAAAUUGAUUGUACUGCUUAAAAUACAAGUGUUUAUUAGUGACUACAGGAUUAUUUGAUCUUAACUAUUUGAAAUUGAAUGACUUGGGGCAAAUUACAUAUUCUGUGACAAAUUCUGAUGUAAGACUGAACAAUAAAUUUGACAAUUCUGAA